AUUUAUCUUCACUUAGUGGAUAUAACAUGCUGGCGCGCAAUGACCACUUCAUCAGUUCGGAUUUGGCAACCCAACUAAGUUGUUGUUUGUUCUUUGCUUUAAUUCGGUUUCCAUUUUUUUAAUGUCUCCUCAUUUUAGAAUUCAUCCAGUUGCAGUCCUAAGAUGUAGUACGGUGAGAAGGAAGGAGGUUUUCAAGAGCUCAACUAAAUAUAAAAGUAAAUGAUGUCUCCCAAAGGGAACAAGCUAGUUGAUAAUUUGUCGACGCUUGACUAGAUUUUAGGAAGCCGCGUGAGUCGGCAAUUGAAUCUAUGACCUCCGAGUUAAACGGAGUUCGGGAGCUCAGCACCCACAACUCAAAGUUUGAUGUAAUUUGGAGAUGUUGAUUAGGUCCCAACUUUGCCUGUUAGAAAAAUCAUUUCAGUUUGUUGAUCACCGCGGAUGUUUUUUCUUUCACUUUUUACCAGAAAUCGACGAAAUGAAGUUGGCAUGUUAAUUUGGGAUUUCUGGAAUAUAAUUCAAUUGCUUUGUAGUCGGGCGGUCAUCCGAAGCGCAGAGGUAGAGGAAGAGUCUAGAAGAACGCUAGGGUUUUGCUCUGCGUGUUGAGGGAGGGAGAAAGAGAGAAGAUGGUGAAUCCGAGGUGCUUCCUGGACAUUGCUAUCGGGGGAGAGCUCGAAGGGAGGAUCGUAGUGGAGCUGUACAGCGACGUGGUGCCUAUCACGGCGGAGAAUUUCAGGGCGCUAUGUACAGGGGAGAAGGGUAUCGGACCCAACACCGGCGUCCCCUUGCAUUUCAAGGGAAACCGUUUCCAUCGGAUUAUUAAAGGUUUUAUGAUUCAAGGUGGUGAUAUAUCAGCGGGAGAUGGUACUGGUGGAGAAUCCAUAUACGGACUGAAGUUUGAUGAUGAAAAUUUCGAGUUAAAGCAUGAAAGGAAAGGAAUGUUGUCAAUGGCUAAUUCUGGUCCAAAUACCAAUGGCUCUCAAUUCUUUGUCACUACCACAAGAACAUCUCAUCUUGAUGGUAAACAUGUCGUGUUUGGCAAGGUUGUCAAAGGUAUGGGAGUGGUCCGUGCAAUUGAGCAUACUCCUACAGGCGAGCGCGACCACCCUAAUGUGGAUGUUGAGAUUGUUGAUUGUGGAGAGAUUCUCGAAGGACAGGAUGAUAGUAUCGCCAAUUUCUUCAAGGAUGGUGACAUGCAUCCAGAUUGGCCUGCUGACCUUGAUGAGAAGCCUGCAGGCAUUGCUUGGUGGAUGACUGCUGUUGAUUCAGCCAAGGCUUUUGGAAACGAUCAUUAUAAGAAGCAAGAUUACAAAAUGGCUCUCAGAAAAUAUAGGAAGGCAUUGCGUUAUCUUGAUGUGUGUUGGGAAAAAGAAGACAUCGAUGAAGAGAAGAGCUCAACUUUGAGGAAGAUAAAGUCACAGAUCUUCACCAAUAGCUCUGCAUGUAAACUGAAACUAGGUGAUCUGAAGGGUGCUCUUCUGGAUGCUGAUUUUGCAAUGCGUGAUGGAGAAGACAAUGUGAAAGCUCUUUUCCGCCAGGGCCAGGCUUACAUGGCUCUUAACGAUGUUGAUGCUGCUGUUGAAAGCUUUAAGAAGGCUUUAGAGUUGGAACCAAAUGAUGGAGGAAUUAAGAAGGAACUCGCUGCUGCAAGGAAGAAGAUUGCUGAUAGACGAGACCAGGAGCGUAGAGCCUAUGCCAAAAUGUUCCAAUAAGCAUAACAAGCUCGCACCUUCAUGGCUGUGGUUGAAUUGUUCAUGGGAAGACAUGAGUCAACAGCAAAUCCAGAAUCCGUCUGAUCCUUUUUGUUUCUUUCAUAAGAUCUUGGCAAUUUUUUUCAUACAAUUCUGUCCACAUGAAGUCUAGGUGGGCAAUUGAAAGCUCCACGUUUGCUUUCCUUGAUGCUGGAAGCUUUUCCCACGUCAGUCAAGUCUGUUGACUAUUUGGUUCUUUGUUUUUUGAAGGACCAUGGAUAAUUCUCCAAUUCCUCGAGGGACGUACAUAUAUGCAGGAAGUUCAAUUUCACCAAUUCUGUCAUGGUGUUAAACUUAGGAGGGACAUAAUGAAAGGACACUCUGCUUUUAUCCUUUUCUUUUUCUGUUGCAACCAGAGUAUAGCAUAAUGGACCGGCCAUCUUUUCUUCGCUUGCGUUCUUGUGGGUACUGUACCGAACUUAUUAAUGCUCAACUACCCUUGAAGUACCAGUGCUUGGUUUAUGUUCCUUCAA